UUCCUAUUAUGUUCUAUGGGAUUCGCAACUAUGUACCGUGGUUUCAACACCUUCAUUGCUUCAAUAUCCUUCGCUGUGACGAUAGCACUAACUACAGUUGUGAUCGUUUUGGCGCUAUACCUGAGAAAUUCAUCCACUACUGUGACUAUUACACUAUUCACACUCAUGUGCAUUUCUGUGAUCAUUGGAGUCAUUGUGUACGUUGUUCAGAUUAUACAACAUGUACCCCAGCGGAUUUACACAAAUACCAUUGCAGUUUGUUUCGGUAUCGCUGUGGUUUUA